AUGAGUAUUAACGGAGCAGACUCGGUGUCUUCAGACUCGGGAGUUCCGCUGGACCGCUUCAUGCAACGAAGAUUGCAGCGGCUAAACACCGAACAGGGUUUCCGCGAGCAGCGUCAAGCUUCAUUGUCGUCGCAGCACGCCCAACACUUGAAAUCGUCGUCUUUGCAACAACAAGCUGAAUUCCACCACCAACAACCCACGCAACAACAGCAGCCUCCACAACGCCAUCAAUCUCUUCCGGACCACCCUGACCAGCCGCUGCCCGCCCGCAUUCCUGCUCAAGUCAUCCCCAGCGUCCCAAAUUCGGCUGCCACCACGCCGUCCUCGUCCUCGGCGUCGCCGCACUCGCACUUCCGUUACGACACUCCACAGCAGCCCCAGUACCAACCACUUCGCAAUUUUGCCAAACUGCACGACGACGGUCCGAUUCACCUUCCGACCUCGAGUCUGAAUAAAGCCUCGCCCCGCCAGCCGUCAAUGGCCUCGUCCCAGAGCCCCGCCCCGACUGCAAGAGAUCCCUCCAUCUUGUCGCAACAGCAAACACAACAAUCCAAGGAUGUCGGUCGCUCGACGCCCCAGCCUAACGCCGAGGACUUGACCGAAGAUCAGAUUCGACAACUGCUCAGCGACCACAAGGAGCUCCGCGAGAAAUACCAGAAGGUCAAGAAGUACUACUUUGAGAAAGAAGACCAAGUCAAGCAGUUGCAAAACAGUCUUGCUCACCAAAGGAUCGCCCAAUCACGCACUUCCCUCGACGACGGCGAGUAUGCGACCCGUUUCAACCGCCUGGAUGGCCUGAUCGCACAACUGUCCUUCAGCAUUAGGAAGAGCUGGAAGUCGGUGCCUACCUGGCUUACUCCGGCUGUGAACAAGGACGCUAUAACCAUCGGCAAGCAAGAGAUGACGGCGGUCGGCCGAGCCUUCAUUUCGAAAUGGCUGGUUGAAGAUGUCUUUGACCGUUACUUCCAUCCGGACAUUGAUCUGGCCCUGUCGACUCAAUUGAAGCAGAUGCAGAACAAUAUUCGUCUCUUCGCUCCACCGGCCACUGUGCACGAGGACGAAGAAUAUCUUACCUCCAAGGUCGUCAACUGGCGACUGACCACACUUGAGGCUAUGCAGGAUAUCCUUCGAUUGCCCGAGGCUUCGAACCACCGCUCUCACCUGACUGACCUGCUCAAAACACAGCUUCGUACUGCUCUUGAGGCUCACCUCGACAACCCACCCAUGUCUGACCUUGAUGGUGGUGUGCAUAUGAUCUGCGAACUUGCCGUUGCAAUGUUGGGUCAUCUUCCCCAAGAGAGUCGAGACGUCACAAUUGAGUACUUCCAACCAGGUACUGCAUUGAACACUGAUAUCAUGAAGCUCGAGUCUGGUAUUCCAGCCUUGACCACCUCGAUUGCCGAAGAGAUGACGGAGCGAGGCAGCGUCAACAGCGAGUUGACUGAUUCAAACGACCGAGCAUCUAGUGAAUUGCCUUCGCGCAGACGCAACAUGCUUAGUGCCUUCACCGGUGGUCAUAAGAAGAGUCACCCAGCACAAGGCAAGCUGAACGGCGGUAGCAGCACCAGUCUGGCCGGGAAAGAGGAUCGUGUGCGUCUUGCAGUCGGCAUUGCGGCACACGUUCGGGAGCGCGGAAUUCUUGUCAAGGCACCCGUCUUUACAGCCGCGUAA